AUGCGACAGCGCAGCCUACUCAAUGGCGCAUUGCGCGCCAAUGUCUGCCAAUUUUCCCAGGCAUCGACACCAUACACAUUCAACCCGCGCGCGGCCGUGAUCGCGGCCGUCGUCUCCCGACAAUCCUCGCGGUCCCAGCAGCCACGACAACGACGCUAUGCCUCGGACGCAGCCGCCCACGAUCACCGCCACCAAGGCCCUUCUCCUUCUCAUUUCUCCUCGCCAUCCUCGACUACUACAACAGCGGGGUCCGCCAGCGCCAGCAGCAAUACAGCCCUGAAAACAACACCUGUCCACGACCUCGCACCGUCAGCCGCCAACCCACCCGCAACAACCCGCCCGCCACCACUCGAUCUCCCCUCGCGGCCCGCCGGCACGACCGGCCCGCCUUUCCUAUCCCCAGCCAACUUCUCGCACCUCUACGCCACAGGCAUGACCUACGUACGAUUCUACAAAACCGGCCUCAAACACAUCAUCACCAACACCCGACUCGUCUACAACAAACCCACCGCCGACGGGCCCCCGGCCCCGCUGCCCUCCACCCGCGCCCACCUACACCUACGCCAGCGCUGGUCACACGACGUCCGCCGGCUCCCGCUGUUCGCACUGAUCCUGCUCGUAUGCGGCGAGUUCACACCGCUGGUGGUGCUCGUGCUGCCCUCAGCGGUGCCGCUGACAUGCCGGAUCCCGCGGCAGGCGGACAAGGUGCUGCGCGGGGUGGAAGGGCGGCGGGCCGAGGCGCGAGCUGAGCUGGCGCUGCUGGAUGGGACGCGGGAGCAGCAGAUUGAGCAGCGGCUUGUGUCGCCUGCGGUGCUGGCUGGGGUCCUGGGCCUGCGGGCGCGGGCGUGGACGCCCGGGUUUGUUGCGGCGUCGCGGGUGGAGAGGCGGCUGCGGUUCCUGGCGGUGGAUGAUGCGUUGCUGGUCCGGUCGGGCGGGGCCAGGGCGCUGGUGCCGGAGGAAGUCCGGUUGGCGUGUACGGACCGUGGGGUGGAUGUGUUGGGGCGGAGGGAUGUGGAGUUGAGGGGUGUGUUGGAGCGGUGGUUGCGACUGACAGAUGCGAGACGGCUUGGGGAGGACGGGCGGGAAAAGGCCGUCAGUCGGUUGCUGUUGAGCCCGGAUCAUGAGUGGGGAGUAUGA